AUGUCGAAAGCUAUCGUCAAAACCACUUUCGAGGCGUCCCGCACGCUUCGCCCCAUUUACACCGGCGGUAGCACCGCGCUGGAUGCCAGUGGGCGUAUCUUGCUGAGCUGCGUGGGCGAGGAUGCCUUGAUAGUCGAUUUGGAGACUGGUAACCAGCUCGCUAGCCUGGAAGGAGAUGGAGAAAUUGUCACAGGCUUGGCCAUAACGCCUUCUGCUUCACACGCUAUUGUCUGCUCGCGCUCAAUGUCCAUGCGAAUUUACGGGCUCCCAGAUUUCGACGAGACUUCCCAGGCCAUUGAAGCAAAACUCCUCCGAACCCUUAAGCCUCACACAGCUCCCGUUGUGACCAUUGCUGUCGACCCUACUGGCACACUACUCGCCACUGGUGGUGCUGAUGGCUCAAUCAAGGUCUGGGAUAUUAGAGGCGGAUUUGUCACUCACACUUUCCAUGGUCAUGGUGGUGUCAUCUCCGCGCUUUGCUUUUUCGAGGUCCCUUCUGCCGACAGCGACUCCAAGUCAUCUAAGAAGAACAAGUCUGGGCAACAGGCUACGGGAGAUGAUGAAGAUGUGGAGGGCUCUGCCCGUGCAGGUUCUACUGCAGGAUUCCGUUUGGCAUCUGGCAGUGAAGAUGGCAAGAUGCGUGUAUGGGACCUGCACAAGAGAAAGUCCAUCGCGUCGCUCGAGUCACAUGUUUCACUUGUUCGCAGUUUGUCCUUUUCUUCGUCAGAGAACGCAUUAAUUUCGGCCAGCAGAGACAAGACUGUCAUCGUCUGGGAUGCACGUACUUGGAAAACUCGCAGAAUCAUUCCUGUUCUGGAAAGUGUCGAGGCCGCGGCUUUCAUUGCGGAUAGCGGGCUGUGUGUUAUUGGUGGAGAAAAUGGUAAAUUGCGAGUUUGGGACUGCAACCGUGGAAGCGAGAUCACAGAGGAGCAAGAGGCUGGAGAGGAGUUUGAAAGUGUCGUUGCUAUCCAGUAUUCGCCUGGCUUACCUUUCGUCCUCACCGUCCACGCAGACCAGACUCUCCGGAUCCACUCGCUCGAGUCGCUGUCUGAUUAUAAGCCAGGGUCAACUUUGAAGCCAUUGACGGUUAUCCGCCGCAUUUCCGGCAAUGACGACGAGAUUAUUGACUUGGCUUACAUUGGGCCUGACCGAUCGAUGCUUGCUCUGGCCACCAAUACUGAGAGUAUUCGUGUAGUUUCGGUUGCUCCUUCGGAAGAUCGACCAUCAGCUCAGGGAGAGGAGUACUUUGGUGCUGAUGUCACACACCUGGAAGGCCACGACGAUAUCAUCAUUUGCAUUGAUGCAGAUUGGUCAGGACACUGGCUAGCAACUGGUGCUAAAGACAAUACAGCCCGUCUUUGGCGUAUUGACCCGAAGACAUCCUCUUAUACUUGCUUUGCUAUUUUCACUGGUCACGCCGAGUCAUUGGGAGCAAUUGCCCUACCACGCGUCCCACCACCUGUUGGCAGUGCCGCAUAUAACGACCCCGUGAACCACCCGCCAGCAUUCCUAAUUACUGGAUCGCAAGAUCGCACAAUCAAGCGAUGGGAUACAAGCAAGUUAGCCCCUUUGACGGGCGAAAAGCCACACCAUCCUAAGGCAAUCUACACUCGCAAGGCCCACGAAAAAGAUAUUAAUGCCAUUGAUAUUGAUUCUACAUCUGAACUGUUCGCCUCCGCAUCACAAGAUCGCACUGUGAAGAUCUGGGCCGCCGACGAAGGCUCGUCAGUAGGUGUCCUCCGUGGCCAUAAGCGAGGUGUUUGGUCGGUGCGAUUUGCCCCGCAAGGUACACCGAUCAUCAACUCAGAUUCACGUACCAGCACGAGUCGUGGUCUCGCAGUCACAGGCUCCGGUGACAAGACUGUCAAACUGUGGAGUCUGUCUGACUACAGCUGUCUCUUGACUUUCGAGGGUCACACCAACAGUGUUCUCAAAGUCCUCUGGCUCCCACCUCCCCAGGUCUCGAACCAAAUCGACGAGGAUGAGGAUGACGAAGAGGCCGCAACAGCACGCAAAAACGCUAUCCAGGACCGCCCUCUUAUCGCCUCCGCUGCCGCAGAUGGUCUGGUCAAGAUCUGGUCCCCUUAUACGGGCGAGCUCGAGACCACCCUGGACAAUCACAUCGACCGAGUCUGGGCGCUUGCUAGUCCAACCCCAUCAGGCUCGCGCGCAGAUGUGAAGCAAGUUUCUUCGAAGUUCAACACCACUCCCUACGCUAUUGCCUCUGGUUCCGCCGACGCAACAGUGACCUUCUGGACUGAUACCACAUCAUCCACUUACACAGCCGCUGUCAACGCCAGCUCUGCUCGCGUCGAACAGGACCAAGAGCUGCAGAACUACAUCCGCGCCGGUGCCUACCGUGAAGCCAUCACUCUGGCCCUGCAACUCAACCACCCGGGCAGACUGCUCUCGCUCUUCACCUCCGCCAUCAACGCCGCAGACGACCCAACUGUUCCGGCCGAGGACCGCGAGCGUGCUGCAGCCAGUCUGUCCGGUAACCCGUCCAUCGACAAGGUCCUGCAGAACUUGGACCCUGCCAACUUGCGCACUCUUCUACUCCGUCUCCGGGACUGGAACACCAAUGCACGCACCUCGCGCGUGUCACAGCGCAUCCUGUAUGCUCUGUUCCGGUCCUAUCCUGCGUCCACUUUCGUGGAGCUUGCGACCCAGUCCGUUCGCGGAAAGGAGGGUCGUGCCGCGGCUGGUAUGAAGGACAUCCUCCAGGCAUUGGCCGCGUACACCGAAAGACACUACCGCCGAGUUGAGGAGCUGGUUGAUGACAGCUACCUGGUGGAGUGGGUUCUCGGUGAGAUGGAUGGUGGUGUUGGACUCGGUGGACUACGUGAUUUGACGGUGGGUGAUGCCAGUGAGGAGGAAGAGCAUGAGAAGGACGUUAUUAUGUUGGAAGCAUAG